CAUCCGUCCACGGCCUCGAUGGCGAUGUCCGCUCUGAGAUGGGGACAUGGACAGAUAAGUCCAACGCCACUGCGAGCCAACUUUAGCAAAGGCGACCCAGGCUGGUGAAAUUAUUCAGAUCGCCUUCUUGUAAAGACUUUAAACGUGAAGAUGACGAGCGUCACGCCCCUGUGAUCCCCCUCCUCCGAGGCCAAAAACUCUCUCCUCAUGUGGACUACCUUCACCGGGCUGGCUCUCCACAUCGGUCGCCAUGGCGACGGCAGCGUGGUAUCACCGUGACAUCAGCCGCGUGCACGCCGAGGACUUGCUGGCGAAAGCCGGGAGGGACGGAAGCUUCCUGCUGAGAGACAGCGAGUCCGUGCCAGAAGCCUUCGCUCUGUGCCUCCUGUUCCAGCGCCAUGUUCAUACGUAUCGCAUCCUUCCCGAUGACGACGGUCUCCUGGCAGUCCAGACUACACAAGGAGUGCAGGUCAACUGCUUCCGGACUCUGGAAGACCUUGUUUUGGGAUACCAGCACCCCCACAAAGGCUUGGUCACCCCUUUGCUUUACCCCGUGCCCCGUGACGCAGACACAGGGGACGAAAGCUCAGAUGAGGAGAAGACGCCUCAAAGUUCAGCCCCUGUCAACACGGUCACCUUCACCACACCAGACCCCCACACGGUGUUCUUGGAUAAGUUGCAGGAACUGAACACGUCAAAUACUGCCAGCGACGUGGUCUCACUGCUCAACGGCUACUUCUUCAGCGAGCUGCCUCUGGACAUGGACAACGUGCACAAAGGGGCGUCCGCACUUUGCCACCUCAAGCGUAUGCUGGGUGUUGCCUGCCAAGGCCUGAACAGUGAGGUCGACCUGACACUCUCAAGUCUGGAGACCCUGGCAAAGGUCUUUGACCACCCCAGCUGCUCUUUGCCGAACACAAAUGUGCAGAGUCCAGACAUGGAGGUGGACAACCUGUUGUGUAAGAUUUCAGCCUUGGUCAGCCUUCUUUCUUCGCUGGAAAAAAAGGUGCUUAAGGCCCUCCAAGACGCAGUCACCAAUCACAAUCUGGCAGUGCAGCCUAACCCGCCUCCUCCGGAACCAACGGCCACCAUUACCACUUCUCCCAAGACUCACUGGCAUCGGCAGCUGCCGGUCCGCUCCUUCCAGGUAAAGAUGCUGCGCUAUGGCAGGCAGACCGUGUCAGUGGAUGUGGACGCAGGGGUGCUCCUGUUUGACAGGAAAGCCAACUCAUUCGACGUAGAGCGGGUGUCCCACGACAGAGUCCUUCAGCUUGUCAAGUACCAGAGUUGCCCUGCCAAGGUACGCCUGGUGAUUGACAGCCACCACAACGCACCACAGGAGAUGAUAUUUGAGAGUGUUCGGAAGGGCGACGCCUUCUGCCAACUCCUCCAGCUGAUGAAAACAAGGCACUCGAAACUGAGCGAACCGGACGUCAUCUCCGUUUUUGUCGGCACCUGGAAUAUGGGAAGCUCCCCCCCGCCUCGCGGCCUGCAGUCGUGGGUCACCUGCUGUGGUUUGGGACACACCCCCGACGACUCUGUUGCCUCGCUGCCCCAUGACGUCUACGCCUUGGGCACGCAGGAAAACCCUCAGGGGGAGAGGGAGUGGGCGGAGCAUAUUAGAGCGACCCUUCGCAGCCACACCCAGAUUGACUUCAAACAAGUGGCAGUGCAGUCCCUCUGGAACAUUCGUCUGGCUGUGUUUGUCAAGCCUGAACAUGAAGACCGCAUCAGCCAUGUGAGCACAGCCAGUGUAAAAACUGGCCUAGGUAACACUCUGGGGAACAAGGGAGCGGUUGGCGUGUCGUUCCACUUCAACGGAACAUCUUUUGGCUUUGUUAACUGCCACCUGACCUCUGGAAGUGAGAAGGUUCUAAGGAGGAACCAGAACUUUGUUGACAUCCUCAGACUACUUUCACUAGGCGACAAAAGCCUUGGCGCCUUUGACAUCAGCCUGCGCUUCACGCACAUCUUCUGGUGCGGGGACCUCAACUACCGACUGGACCUGGAAGUGCAGGACAUCCUGAAGCACGUGUCCAAGAGGGAGUUUGAGGAGCUCAUGUGUGCGGACCAGCUGACCCGGGAGAGGCACAAGCGGAAGGCCUUUUUGUAUUUUAAGGAAGACAAGAUCGCAUUUCCACCCACCUAUCGGUACGAAAGAGGCUCAAGAGACUGCUACCUGUGGCAAAAGUACAAAACGUCAGGGGUGCGGGUCAACGUUCCGUCGUGGUGUGACAGGAUUUUGUGGAAGUCGUACCCGGACACGCAUGUUCUCUGCACGGCGUACGGCUGCACAGAUGAUAUCUUCACCAGCGAUCACUCGCCUGUUUUUGCUACCUUCCAAGUGGGUGUGACGUCACAGUCCAGCGCCAAAGCAGAUCCAUGCUCAGGCGUGGAGAAGGCCUGGAUCGAACUUGAAGGCAUCGAGGCCAUUGUGAAGACGGCGAGCAAGGAACGCUUCUUCAUUGACUUCUCUUCCACUUGCCUUGAAGAGAUGCGUCGCUCCAGCGAGAAUGACUCGCAAAGCUGCGACGUUCCCGGCUUCCUCAAACUGGCCUGGUCCUUCAAGCAGCUGCCGAAGCUCCUGCCACUCAAGUCUGACAUGGACUAUCUGCAGGAUCAGCAUCUGCUCCUGUCGGUCAAGUCAUGUGAUGGCUUUGAGUCGUAUGGUGAAUGCUGCGUGGCUCUGCGUUCGCUCGUCGGCGCCUCGGAGCAGUUUGAGACCUUCCUGAGCCACCGGGGUGAAGAAAUCGGCUCCAUCAGAGGACGGGUGCGGCUCCACGUGCCCAAGGAGAGGCGAGGAACCCGCCAGAAGAGCCACGAGUGGUUACGUUUUGAGAAAGAGGACAGAGGUGCAGGCAGAGUUCACGCAUCCACACGAGUCCCAAUUAACAGGUCUCUGGCGGCUCCUACCAAGCCAACGACGAGCAGCUACACCAACCCAGCCUACUUCAUCUUUGAGGGUGUGUCGGUGGUCCGGGGAAUAGAGGAGGCGCUCCCUCUGCAGCGAAGGGAACCGCAGGUCAUCUGGGCUGGAAACGAGGCCUUGCAGCUCCCAAAAGUCUCAGGAAGGCACGGCUUCAACGCCCGGCCCUGUCGCCGGUCAGACUUCACGGAAAUUGAAAUCCCGGCCGUCCUCCCUCAUCACGCUCCGGCCAGUCCGCUUCAGACACCUCAAGCCAACUCGUCCUACGAACUUUUCCCUGUCAAAAAGCCCUCCCCUAUAUCCCCGCCCUCCAGUAAAGGUAUCCCCCUGUGCCAAGACCAGGUGUCCCAGCCUAAGUACCACGCCAAAAAACUACCCCACGACUCCAUUCUGCCGGAGAAGAACCUGAGGAACCUGUACAUGAACCAGUCGGCCAUCAUCCGUCAAAAAGCCAAAAGGAAUCUUCCAGAGAGGAAAACGAAAGCCCCGCCGGUUUUCUCCUUCACCCCGGCUCCUUUGGGACACUGCCAGGUGCCCUCUGCUUGGGGGGCCGAGCAGCAGCCCCUCGGCCCCACAGGGGACAACUCCCUGACCGCUUUGCAGAUUGCCAAGUCGCUCAGUGAGGUCGACUUCUUUCCUGCAAAGCAAAGCGCUCCAUCCUUUCACAGCCAGAGGCCAGGCUACAGAAAUGGACCUACCUUGCACACAGAGAGGGGUCACAGUUGGGAGAAAGAGGUUUCAGUCCUCCAAGGUGCUCCUGAGACGGUCUGUGAGCUCCUCAGUGCCUUGGGUCUGCAGAAGUACACUCUGGGACUCAGCCUUAAUGGCUGGGAUGAUCUGGAUUAUUUCAGCGGCAUCACCGAAGAGGAUCUGCGUGCUGCCGGAGUGACAAACUCCUCUCAUCGACGCAGGAUCUUGGAGAACCUGCCCAGGAACUGGAACUGACACGCACAGAUCAAAAAAACCAAAACAUGGACAGGAAUUCGGGCAUCAAUC